UGUACUCCCCCGGGCCGGCCCUGGUCUUAGAGUUCCACACGGGGCCCAAGCAGAACAACGCCACUGGCUUCGUGGGGACGUAUAGCUUUAUUGAUAGGCGCUUGUUCGAAACUGACGGCGUGCGCGUCCCAGGAACAGAAUGCGACUUCCAAUUCAGCCGGUCCGGGAACCGGCCGACACACGGUCGGCUCUACAGCCCGCGAUACCCGUCCAUCUACCCCAACAAUAUUCGGUGCUCUUACCACUUCCACGCCAGACCAAAAGAACGCGUGAAAGUGGUUUUCGAAGAAGUUUCCCUGCAAAAAGGUGACAUUAGCUGCCUCCGCCGCGCUGACAUCAUCAAGGUGUUCGACGGCAGAGACACCACCGCGCCCGCCAUAGCCAUGCUGUGUAAUGAGCUUACAGGGUACGAAGUGCUGUCGACGGGCCCAGCACUGCUGCUACAGUUCACGGCCAACUCCGCCACAGCAGGGCAGGGGUUCGCAGCCACAUUCCACUUUCAACCGCCUCCAGACUCAACAGCUGCUGAUUCAGAUCGUCUGCUGAAAUUGAGCUUCGGAAAAGCGUUCGAGUCCCUUGGGCCUGAAGUCAGCGCCACAACUUCAUCAUGCCACCAAGAGUUCAACAGCGACGGCACCAAACACGGGACCUUGACUUCGCCGCACUACCCGUCGCCUUACCCUCCUAACACUCACUGCCACUACGAAUUCUUCGGAAGAGGAAAAGAGCGAGUUAGAUUAGUAUUUCAAGACUUCUACUUACAUAAGUCAGCAGAUGGCUCUUCAGACUGCACAAACGUGGAUUCACUGCAAGCGUUCAUCUACGUCGAUGGGCGACUGGAGAAAGUGGACAUGUUUUGUGGCAUCAGCCUUCCCAAGCCUAUCAUGUCAAAUGGGCCCAAGUUGAUGCUAGAAUUCCGGGGGACCCAGUCUUCGAGAUACGCUAGAGGAUUUAAGAUAUCUUAUUCAUUUGUAGAAAAUUUCGGAAUCAGUACAGGAAGGCAGCUGAAGGAGUUCCCGUGUGCGUUUGUGUACAAUAGUAGUGAGUCGCGCAACGGAACCUUCGCCUCGCCCAACUCUCCAGGCCCGUAUCCACGUGACACAGAGUGCACGUACUUCUUCCACGGCGGGGAGACAGAAAAAGUUCACCUGCACUUCACUAGCUUUGAAGUAGAAGGAGUUUCACCAUGUGAAGCCGUAUCUGCUAGUGACUACGUUGAAUUUUCAAACUCCAUGACUGAAGAUAGUAAAUUUGGAAGAUAUUGUGGACAAAGGAAAGAGUUCCAUGUAGAGUCAGAAAGAAACUUUUUCAAAGUGACGUUCAGGUCAAACGAUAGGCUAGACGGGACUGGGUUCAAAGCUAUUUAUCAGUUCUUAGAAAUAACAGACAAAUACCAGGCGCCAAUGCAAGAAGAAGCUUCAAGCUCUAUGUGUAUACUUGGUCAUCGUUUACUGCUGAUCGCCGUGGCAUUAGCGCAAUUGCAUUACCAAUUAUAUCAUUAAAUAAAGUGAUAUUAGAAUAAUUGACAUAGUGUAUAAUCCUGUAUAUUUUGUAUAAUAGCAUGUGCCAUACACCUGUAAUUACGUAGAAAUGCAAUAUUUUCUAUAAUGUUAUUCUUUAAGUUUUUCUCUAUACUAUUACCAACUAAAGCAAUACAAUAUGGAACACAAUAAAGAUUUUAUUAAUAAAGGCACGUCGUAACAAUGAAAUUAAUAAUUUGAAAUUA